AGUAAUAAACGAACAUUUGUCUUCGAUAAAUAAGCGUCCAUGAGAUUAAAAUCUUAAAAAGUUACCAAUUCAUUGAAUCAACUUCAUUUGGCAGGUCUUUUUUAUUUACUAACAUAGUUAUUCAGCCUUAACAGCGAAUAAAUUGCAAAAACUUGAUUUUUUCAUGCUUUAUUAGUCUUGAAAGCUUCGAUACUUGAAAAAAAUUCUUCUUAAAAUUUCUGUUGGUCAAUGAAUGACUUCUGAUUGAGAAACUUUGGUCUGCAUAACCAAUUUGUGAAAACCUUCGUUUCUUAGAAAACUUUAUAUCAACAGAAAUGGAUCUGAGAAAUCUUUCGAUUCUUGUGACCCUUUUUUACGGUCUUUUCACCUUGGCAAACUGUGCCCAAGAAUAUCUAUGGAACAGCAGGAGUGAUGGGUUCGAGUCCAAACAAUUCACUGGACAUUUCACCUUCAACCAGUGGGAGCAGGUGUAUGGCAGUUCUGGUGCAAGUGGACAACAACAACCCUCUUCGAUUGGUGGUGAGACAUUCGCAGUGUGCAACGACGACAGACUCAACAAAAUCGGAAGUGACGACUCAGUCAGUAGUAGCGGAAGUGGAGGGGCAAGUGAGCCUCCUGUGAUGAACUACCUCACUUCUCCCAGAAUCCAAGUGCCGGAGGGGGCAUCUUUCGUACAACUCAACUACAGCAUGGAUAUCGAAAACUCGCAAAGUCGACCCAAUUCUCUCAAAGUUCUCAAAUUCGAGACUUCGAACUACCUCAAAUCGGAAGUGAGUCUUAAAGAGUACCAAGAAUUCGCAUACGUCAACGGCGAGUAUUUCGACAUGCUUGAUGGUACUGCAAUCUUGACUGUACCUGUUUCAAAUUCCUUCAUUUUUCUCGCUUUUUUCGACACCGGAUAUUGUGGAUCAGUUACUAUACACUCAAUUCACACGAAUGUUUGUCCAGAACAGCAAUUUGGAUCUAUAGUUAUGCCGAAAACUUACUCAGAACUGUCGAAAAAGAGAAUAGCUCUUGAUUUCGAUACUGUAACCUGCGCUAAGGAAUCGCAAGUUUCAAAUUUCGAACAACAAAUUGUGAAGUUUUGUCGGUUUGAUGGAGUGUGGGAGAAACGAACACCCGCCGAACGAGAUGACAUGUUUUGUGUUUGCCUACCAGGUUUCUACGGCAUGAAAAAAGAUGGAAAAACCGUUUGUUCAGGCUGCGCUGCGGGUGAAAUCAAAAAUGAACCGGGAAAUUCCUUCUGCAGAAAAUGUCCCCAGAAUUCAAAGCCCAAUAGUGAACAGACUUUUUGUUCAUGCAAUUCGGGUUACUUCAGAUCGAAUGCGUCGAACCCUUACUACCCCUGCUACGCAGCACCUAGCCUACCGCUGAGCGUCAAAGCACAAGUCACUUUCACGGACGUCGAACUAAGUUGGACGGAACCAAUGACUUCUCUUUCGCAGUGGUAUGCAAUCAAGUGCCUUUCAUGUUCAAUUCAGGAAUCCCAGAUGUUUGAGGCCUUCUCGACCAUCCGAGAUAAUCCAGUGAUGAUUCAGAACUUGAAGCCAGAAACGGAAUACAAGUUGCGCCUCGAAGUUUUCUCCGAAAUAGUGGAAGCAAAUCAACUACGAGUCCAAAGCAAACGAAUCGAUUUUAAAACGUCGUUUAAACUGAGUGUAGUUGAACCCUCUGUGAGUGUGAUAGACAAUCGACUUAAAGUGUCGUGGAAAGAACCUCUUCGGGUCCACCAGCAGACAGGUGUGAACAAACUGCGAUACAAAGUUGAGGUCAUGAUCGAUCACGAAAGGGCAUUCAGCAGUCCAGAAUUGGAACAGACCAGUUUCUCCUACCCUUUGCCUGUGAUGUCUAUUGCUCCGUCUGAUAAUGUGCCCCUGUCAAUCAAAAUAGGCAUUGUGAGCAACGGGUCCGUCUACUGGGGAGACGAGAUAUUCGCAUCAACUGUCGGAAGUGGACACAGUCUUUUGGACCCUAGUAUGUCCCGUUAUGUCAUGGCUGUGGGCAUAAUGCUGUCCAUGCUCCUUUUGGUGGCCAUACUUGUAUGCGGAGUGAUUUGUAUGGUUCACAGGACCCGAUCUAUGGCCAAGUAUGAGCAGCAUCUAUGGAAUGUGCAGGCCCAUACUCCAAGUGGAUAUUAUCCCGCCAGUACUAGUGACAACCAUUUAGGAUACGAUUACGCAACACCUCCUCUUAUGUCAAGCUAUAACCUGAACAACAUUCAAGCGUUCGUGGAACCUAGUCUCUACGAAGAUUUGUACUCGAUAGCUGCCGACUUUUGUCCUAAUCUACCGCCGAACUCGGUUCAAAUCGGGAAGCGAAUCACUGACACGACAUUCGAGGGUCAAAUCUUCGGAGUGGUGAGUUGUCACAACCCCACUUUGUGUGCAGUGAAGCUGGCCUCGCCAAAUGCCAUCGAUGCCUCCACAGUUUCGAUCGAAGAGAAACACUCAAAGAGGAGAUUCUUGGUUGAGGCUGUCACCAUGUCUCAGUUCCAUCACUGUAAUGUGCAGAAAAUACAUGGGCUCAUAUAUUCAGCUGAAUCACCUUAUAUGGAAAUGGCCACUGAAUUGUGCAAUCGGGGAUCUCUCAAACAGUCUUUGAUGGAGACGCAAUAUUGGGCACACAACCAGCACAGCACUGUCUUUUUCCUACUUAGAGGAAUAGUCCACGGCAUGGAAUAUCUACACGAUUUGGGAUACCUACACAAGGUAUUAAGAGCGCAGAAUGUACUGAUUACACACAAUAACGUGGCUAAAGUUUCCGGUUUCGACGAGCGGGCCUAUCUCGAGGAGAAUGAUACAGCUACGGCGCUGGAUGAGUUAGAUCUGGUGCCAUGGCAGCCGGCAGAAGUGAUCCAGCAGAACAAGUUCAGUGCCGCAGGAGAUGUGUUCUCUUUUGGAGUUCUGUUCUGGGAAGUUCUACAUGACUGCAACCAGAGACCUUACAAUAUGGACUCAAGCAAAGAGGUCGCACUGAAAACCUGCGAAGGCAAACGUCCCCCAAUCCCUGUCGAAGUUCCUCAGUGGGUUGAGAAUUUGAUCACGUGCUGCUGGACUGAAGACUUGAUGAGGCGGCCGAUGUUUUCAGUGAUCAGACAGCAGAUAGACGCACUAAUCAUGAACAACUCAAUGCCUCACGCUAAAUUGUCAUCUCUGUCUCACGAACAAGACCCGAUGAGUCAGUCGCUAUACGUCAGCCCCAACCGAAUCAAUUUAAUGCAACCCUCUCAGUAUUACGACUUCGACGUAGCUAAGUGGCUACAUAGUCUCAAACUAGAAAAACUCAUCCCGGCGUUCGAUAAAAUGGGGAUCACUUCACUUGAGCAGGUGUCAAUGCUGAAAGAAACGGACUUGACCUCUAUGACUAAUCUGAAUAGUCGCCAGAGAAAGAAACUCCUGAAUAGUAUUGCGCAAUUCAACUUGAAGACAUCUGCUUCACCCACUAAUCCGAUAUCCUCUUUAAUCAUGCGGGAUAAAAUGGACGCAUACCCGGAUCAUGUAGUGUGAAUAAUAUCAAGACGAUUUCGAAAUUCAAACUCAUUUUCAUUCCUGAGCUUAAUCGGCUCAAUGAGAAAAAAAAAACUCGAAAUCAGUUCGUUUGAAAUUGAAAGAGAACUUUCGCUUGUUCAUCAUAUUCUUUUUGUAAUAAUCAGUUAGUUUUUGAUAGAAAUUGCGACGAUAAAUGAUGUUGUUUUUGCAUGUUCACUUUUCCUUCGUUUGCUGAAUUAAAUUUGUAUCAUUUAAA